AUGGUACUGCUGGAGUGUCUGUGGCCAUUGCUGUUCCUGUGGAUAUCAGCCUUCUCCUGCUUCACCUCUGCAGGCAUGAUCACUCUGGACAGUUCAUCAAUGGAAGUGCAAGAGGACAGUGGCAAUGUCAUGGUGUGCUUGGAAACAGAUGACGCUAUAUGUCUCAGUGUACACUCACAGGAGAAAGAAGCUGAAGAAGGCGUGGACUAUAAGACUGUGAACACAACACUGAAUGUGAUGGCCGGUGGUCAUCACUGUGUGAUGGUCGCCAUCGAGGACGACAAUGUGCCUGAACCCGACGAGACUUUUGAGGUUGUGUUCACUGAGCUGAUCCCAGACCUGGCUGGCUGUAGUACGAUGGGUGGUGACGGCAGUGGUGGUGCUGGUAGUGGUUGGAUGAUGAUGAAGACUGACGGCAUGCUCACGCCAAUGGUCUCCAAUGAGACUGUGACCAUUACCAUCAUUGACAAUGACAUGCAGGAGAGAGGCAGCACUCCAGGAGAUAGAUCAGCAGCUAUAGCUGGAGCCGUAUGUGGGUCCUUAAUUGCUGUCAUUUUCAUCGCAAUUAUCUGCCUGAUAGUAUUCAACUACUUCAACAUGAGGAGGAAGAGGCUACUGUUGUUCAGAAGCACUGCCAUUGACCACUCCUACAUAGAGUUCAAUUCCAACGUGAUACACUCGAGUCACAACGACUACGAUGGACUGUCUACAACAAAAGAUCGGUAUUCUGCUGGGUCCCUGUCACCUACUGCUUCUGUUCACGAGGCUAUUGCUGAUGUGCCACCACAGGAGUUUUCAGCCUAUGUGAAGGAGCUGCACAGAGAUGCGGACAGGGGCUUCAGCCUGCAGUUUUCUGCCCUCCAGGCACACAGUCCGACCUCCAUACCCUGCCACACCUCCCAGCUGGACAAGAACAUGGACAAGAACCGCUACCAGAACAUCCUGCCAUAUGAUGCUACCCGCGUCAUUCUUACCUCCGCCCACAAGAAACAGUCAGACUACAUUAAUGCAAGCUGGAUCAACGGUUAUAGGAAAGAGAAAUCCUACGUGACUUGCCAAGGACCCUUGCCAGAGACAAUUGGUGACUUCUGGCGCAUGGUCUGGGAGCUCAAGAUACCCACCAUUGUCAUGCUCACCAAGACAGUGGAGGCCAACAGGUUGAAUGAUAGCUUAAUACCAUCCCACAAAUUCUUUGUGAUUGACAUUAAACUGUUUGGUGGAAUUAAGAAGGAGAAGAGAGAGAGACAUAGUCCACUACUACUUCCAGUCAUGGCCAGACCACGGAGUCCCCGCUAUGCCACAGCCCUCCUGGGAUUCAUUCGAACGUCCGCAAGUCCCACUCCCCUCAGACCGGCACCCCUCCUCGUUCACUGCAGUGCCGGAGUGGGUCGGACAGGGACAUUGAUUGUCCUCGACAUCAUGCUCCAAGCACAGUACACCUUCAUCCACGAUGCCCUGGAGGAGCUGAUCACAUGUGGGAAGACUGAGAUAUCAGCCAUGAACCCUCCGAAUCGCCAUGAAGAGGCUCGGUGCUGCCUGAUACUGAACAGAGGCCACAGGAUUUCAGAAGCAAUUUGA